AUGAAACGGUCGAGGGAGGACGAUCCCUUCGAGGGUCUGCGGUUAAGAGGAGGCGAUGAAUCCCAUGGAUUCAGUCAAGAAGUAGAGGAAGAAAGUUCGGCCGACGAUGAGAGGCCUCCCCGACGAUCGAGAGGCCCUCGCCCACGAAACCGGGUCACACCCUCCGGGUUUCAACCGGGCGCUAUCGUUCGGGUCAAAGUUCAAAACUUUGUAACGUACGAAGAGGCCGAGUUCUUCCUGGGCCCGAAUUUGAACAUGGUGAUCGGGCCCAACGGAACCGGGAAAAGCUCGCUAGUUUGCGCAAUUUGCCUUGGCUUGGGCUACGGAUCGAAUGUCUUGGGCCGAGCGAGCGCCUUUGGCGAGUUUGUCAAGCACGGGAAGGACGAGGCCGACAUCGAAGUGGAGUUGCAGAAACAAACCGACGACCCGGAGAAUUACGUUGUCGGCCUCACGAUUCGACGUGAAGAUAACAGCAGGAGGUUUACCAUCAAUGGCCGGAGGGCUUCCUUGAAGGAUAUCCAAGAGCUUAUGCGGGCCUUGAGGAUACAAAUCGACAACCUGUGCCAGUUUCUGCCUCAAGACAAAGUCGCGGAAUUCGCAGCCCUCACGCCGAUAGAGUUACUCGAAAAAACUCUGCACGCUGCUGCGCCCGAAGAAAUGAUCAGUCUGCGGAAUCAGCUAAAGGACUUAUUCCGGUUGCAGAAGGAUACCGAUCACGAAGGGGAACAGAUCCGCGAAGAAUUGCGCAAGAUGGGGGGGCGGCAACAAGUUCUCCAGGCCGACGUUGAAAAGCUUCGGGAGAGAAAAACCAUCCAGGAGACAAUCGAGGAUCUGACAAAGCUGCGGUGCGUCGUCAGCUAUGAGGAGGCCCGUAAGAACCACAGUAGGGCAAGAUUGCGCAAGGCUGAAGCCAAACACGCUCUUGAGGAGCUUCAACGCAGCCUGGCUCCGUCACUCGAAGCCGUCAAUAAGAAGCAGCAGUAUCGGUCCAAGAUCAGCCUGGUGGUAGCCGACAGACAACAACGGCUGGACAAAGCACGCUCCGCGGUCAUUGAUGCCGCUGAGACGGUCACGGCUGCCGAAAUCAAGUGUCAAGAUCUGGUCACCAAGAAAGAGACCGACCAGAAGUUGCUUGUGAACAAAAAGAACGAGAUCGGCCGCCUCCGGAAACAGAUUACGGACCUAGAGGCCCAGCUUCGCCGCGUGCCGCCCGAAUUUGACGCCGCGAGCUGGAACCGAAAGAUUCGAGAGCAACAGCAUCUGGAACGUGAGAAUGCCAAAAAGCUCGAGGAGCUGGACCUAGAACUUUCCGACUUGACGCGUAAGUCCCAGGAAGUUCGACAGCAUUACCAUGGACUCGCACAAAAUCUCAAAGAUUUGGAGUCCCAAGACGGCCAGCUGUUAGCCCAACUGAAGAAGCACAAUAGCGACGCCUUUGCCGGCUGGGAGUGGCUCAAGGACAAUCAAGCCGGCUUUGAGAAGGAAGUUUUCGGCCCGCCCAUGUUGACUUGCUCCGUCAAGGAUGCCCGUUACACAGAUCUUGUUCAGUCGAUCCUCCAACCAGAAGAUUUCUUUUGUUUCACGGCACAAACCAAGGAGGACCAUAAAAAGCUCAGCGACCAAUUCUACAAGAAUAUGGGUCUCUCCGUCACGAUUCGAUCCUGUUUCACGCAGUACAGCGCAUUCACGCCGCCUUUGCCCAAGGAUCAGCUGCUGUCCCUGGGCUUUGAUGGGUACGUCACGGACUUUCUAGACGGCCCAGAGCCGGUGCUAGCCAUGCUCUGCUCGGAGCGCAGAAUACACGUAUCCGCCGUAGGGUUGAGGGAUCUCGACGAUGCGCAGUUUGAGCAAAUCCAGCAGGUUGGGAGCUUAUCCAGUUUUGCUGCCGGGCGACAAUUCUAUCGUAUUACCCGCAGGCGAGAGUACGGCCCGGGAGCUGUGUCCACGCGGGUCACCCCAGUCCAGAAAGGCCGUUUCUGGACCGAUCAGCCGGCGGACACCACGGAGAAAGCGGAGAUUGAGAAAAAGAUUGAGGAAAUCAAACGGCAACACGCUACAUCCCAGGCACGGCGCGACGCUAUUGCAGCGGAACGCGGCACCCUACAAGCGGAAAGACAGGCGAUUAAGGAGAAAGAGACUGAAUUGCUUAAGGCGAAAAAUGAGCUACAGCAAGAGUUCAACAGCUGGAAGUUGUUACCAGGAAAAAUAGAGAAGGAGCAAAAAAGCCUCGAGGAGGUCAAAGACCGGCUUAUGGAAGGCAAGGCGCAGCUAUUCGAGCUUGAAAAGUCGUAUGUCGAGGCGGUUUUAGCUGUGGCGUCCGCUGUUCUUGAGCAUAACAAGAAAUUAGGUCACAUCCGGACGGCACACCGGGCGCUAUUGGAAGCCCAAUUGGUCAUGAUAGAAGCAGAGUCAGAGGUGACGGCGCUCAAGGCUAGGAACGCGGAGACCAACCAACGACUUGAAGAUGCGAGGAACUUGGUGAAGCAACUGAGCGAGGAAACGCAAAAGCUACGCGAUAUUGUUAGGGAAGCUUCCGGGCCCGCCGCCGAGGUGAUGAGCGGAGAGACCACGGAUGAUAUGAAGCGCAGGGCUGAAGGGAUGACAGUGGGCGACGUCGACCAGAAUAUUGCGGCGGAAAAGGCAAAGCUUGAGGUCAUUCAAGCCGGAAACCCAGCUGCGCUUGAAGAGUACGAACGCUACGCUGCCAGGAUGGAGCGAGAACAGGCCAACCUCGAAGCUCAGGAGGCCAAACUGGCCGAGCUGAACAACCUCAUACACGAGAUCAAGACUCGAUGGGAGCCGAAAUUGGAGCAGCUUGUGGGCCAGAUCAAUGAUGCUUUUAGCUACAACUUUGAGCAGAUCAACUGCGCGGGCGAGGUGGGCGUCCAUAAAGAUGAGGAGUUUGAGAAAUGGGCCAUUGAGAUCAAGGUCAAGUUCCGCGAGAACGAAACCUUACAAAGGCUAGACCAGCACCGCCAGUCCGGCGGCGAGCGGGCCGUCUCCACCAUCUUCUACCUCAUGGCGCUACAGUCGAUGGCCCAGGCACCGUUCCGGGUUGUCGACGAGAUCAACCAGGGUAUGGAUCCCCGCAACGAACGCAUGGUACACGAGCGCAUGGUGGAAGUGGCGUGUCGCGAGCACACGAGCCAGUACUUCCUCAUCACGCCCAAGCUGCUCUCGGGGCUGAGAUACGACGAACGCAUGCGGGUGCACACGAUUGUCAGUGGGGAGUAUGUUGAUCGGGCAGGGACGGAGAAGAUGAAUUUUGGGAAUUUUGUCAAGAUUCGGCGGCGGUUGGCAGCGGGGCACUAA